AUGCUGCUCACGCCUCGCACCUACUCCCUCGCUCACAUCGCCGACACGGGCCGCAAACGCCCUGAACCCUCGUACUUUGUGUGUGUCAAGUCGCGGAAGGAACGCGAAGCUGAGGAAAAGCGCGCGCUGAAGAUGUUGCUGUUGCAUCAAAAGGGGAGCGUCAAGGUGGGAGAGGUUGUGAGAUACACGCUCACAUACACACCCUCCGAAGACCGCAUAUUACCGCCUCCUUCCUCCCUCCACGUUCGCAUACGAAACUCUUCCGCCAUCCCUCUACGCGCCGCAUACCUCCACGGGCCAUACACGAUUCACGUAUCCGCCUACCCUUCAACAUUCAACCCGAACAAAAAGUCCGACGCAACAUACGGCGAGCCUGACUUUGAGCCUAAUGUCAAGGCUGGUGGAUACUGGAACACCAAGUUGACUGUUCCGGAACAGUACAGAAGCGAUAUCAGGGAGGAUGACGGCACCCCGAAAAGCCUCACAUGGAUCAUCGAGAUCGCGUCGCAAAUCAUCUUCUCCAAUUCCGCGUCUGUAAACUACGAGUUGUUGGUGGCACGCGACGAACGAUCGCUGGACCUAGGCUUUACUGCUGUCACUGGCAAUAGCCAUGGAACGCCAGGAAAGGUGCAAGACCACCAACAGGGCAGCCAGAAACACGUUUCGCACCAUCCGGCACAGCCUAAGGGGGUGUAUUCAAAGGCGGUCAAACUAGUGGUUGAUGACACUACGAGCUUAUGGAAUACACCGGAGCUACCAGAGUGGAAAGAGGAGGAAGAGGCCUCUCCAAGAAAAUCGAAAGAUCAUAGCAGUCCGACGGAGAACCGACAGAAGAAGAAGAACAUACACCUUGUGAUAGUAACGCAUGGUCUACACAGCAAUCUCGGCGCGGACAUGCUAUAUCUGAAAGAGAGCAUUGAUGCGACGGCAAAGCAAGCGCGGGAAGACCGAAGACGGCGGCGAAGAGAGGAAAGAGGAGCCAAGAAGACCGGAUCGGAUCAAGAUGCGUCGACAGCACCACUGUCAGGCGGCCAAGAGGACAUACCAGAUGACGAGGAGGAUGACGAUGAAGAAGAUGUGAUUGUUCGAGGUUUCGACGGCAACGUAAUACGUACAGAACGCGGUAUCCAGUAUCUCGGGAAGCGGCUCGCUAAGUACGUGUUGAACCUGACCUACCCUGAUCAACCAUACCUCCCGAUCAAGAAGUCCAUGGGGCAGAAGUUGUCCAAUACAUUUUCGCCAACGAAAGACAAGCCAGACGAAGGCAUACCGUCCCAUCACGGUAGCAGUGUGAUGCACACAUCCCCAGGACAUGACAAGCGCGCGUACAAAUUCACGAGCAUCAGCUUCAUCGGCCACUCUCUCGGAGGACUGGUACAGACGUACGCAAUCGCAUACAUCCACAAGCAUUCUCCCAACUUCUUCGACACAAUUAAGCCCAUCAACUUCAUCGCUAUGGCGUCUCCAUUCUUAGGACUGAGCAAUGAGAACCCCACCUACGUGAAAUUUGCCCUGGACUUUGGCCUAGUGGGAAGGACAGGCCAGGAUCUCGGUCUUACUUGGAGAGCACCGACAUUGGCAAAGAGCGGCUGGACGGCUAUGGGUAACGUGUUUGGUAACCAGACGCAGGAUCAGCAUCAGGAAGAUCCCGGCGCAAAGCCUCUGCUGCGCAUCUUGCCUACUGGCCCAGCGCACCAAGUCCUGCGAAGAUUUCGAAACCGUACUUUGUACUCCAAUGUUGUCAAUGAUGGUAUAGUACCAUUGCGCACGAGUUGUCUUCUGUUCUUGGACUGGAGAGGCUUGGGUCGGGUUGAGAAGGCUCGUAGAGAGAACGGUCUCAUCGGCACAGUGGCGGUAUGGGGUUACGGCCAGAUCACUGGACAGAACUCUUCCCCCAACCCCUCUAGAAUUGGCUUCUCGGACGAUGAAGGAUCUGGGGUCGAAUCGCCAACCUACAAUGGCAACGACACCACGGUACCUCUGCCGGGCGCCGACGUUACAAACCAGGAAGACGAAGCACAAGUGUCUACUGCAGAGCCAACAGCCCAUCAGGCCAUCGAAGGAGGUAAAAAGAGUCCCGAAGCCAAGGAGCCGAACGAUCAGUAUUUCCAGCCGCAAAAUACACUGAUGCAGUGGUGGAGCUAUAUCAGGCCGACUGGAAAGCACACUUCGCGCGACAAGAAAAUGUUUAGUCGUAGUCAGACUAUUGGGAAAGACGAAGAAGACGAGCUUUCUCCGGCUGAAGCAGAUCACGCGACAUCGUCACAUAGCGCACAACCAAGGAAACGACCCCAAGCCACCCGUGGAGACUCAAUCGUCGAUAAUCCCAAGAGCCACCUAGCACCACCCAAAACCACCAUCUUCGAGUCUGCUGGUGACCUUAUCAACCCUCCUGUUCCUCCCCAGUCCUGGAUCAUAGACCCGUCCACACGAGCACGCACCAUCUUCCACGACAGAAUCUACCAUCCUGAAGACAUUCCUCCACCACCUACGAAAACGAAGCCAGUGCGCAACUUUUCUGGUGAUAGUACUGUUUCAAAGGCAUCGACAACAAGUGUCGACGAGAGUGUGAUGCGCGUGGAAGAGAAGAUCGCUCGUGCUUAUCAUAAGGACCUUUCUUGGCGCAAGGUUCUCGUCAGCCUUGAGCCCGACGCUCAUAACAACAUGAUCGUACGUCGUAUGUUUGCUAAUGCUUAUGGUUGGCCUGUCGUCAAGCACCUUUGCGAUACGCACUUCGCAGACACUUACUCGGCAAAUACGCGAGAUGAAGAGGAGCCCGCCCUUGAUCGUGCACAAGCCGUGAACAAGCCCAUUACCGAAGACGGCGAACAUGUCAAGGGACAGGAGCGACUGCAGCCGCCUAUCGAGCGCACUGAUAGCGAGAUGAGGGAAGUCGCCGACGAACUAGCCCCGCUCAAGCCGCCCAGUCUAAGGAUACCCAAAAGAUCGAAUACGACCGACUCGACCCGUAGUGUGGGUUCGGGCGAUUGGGACAGCAUUUACUUCGGGGAGACUAGUGACGAGGAGGAUGAAGUGGAUGACCGCAAUGCCGUACAGAAAUUCUUCCAGCCUAAUAUGCCCAGAAGCCCGCGAAGUCCUUCGGGGGGUCCACCAAAGACACCUGAUGGCAAGGGCACAAGCGAUGCAGACAUUUCCGACUUUCUCCAUGGGUCCAGCACACUUGAGGUUCACCGAGGUCUUGGCGCAAGUCCCAGCAGCAAGUCAUCGAAGUCAGCUAUAUUGACCCGCGAACCGGAUUCAAUGGAGUCGACUGGCGAACCACCCAAGGCUUCUGAGGAAGCAAGACCGGUGACACCUGCUGGUAGGAUCAGCGGAGUUGGGUUGAGGAGUUCUAUCGAUAUUCCUGCGUCGCCAGAGGCCGGGAGAGCAAGAAGUGGGAGCACUGUCACUGAGCAGGUCGCGAGGCUCAGCAGCCCCAAGAGCGACAAACAUACAGCGGGCUCGUAG